CUGAACAGAUUAAACAGGAACAGGAGGAACCAGAACCUGAACAGAUUAAACAGGAACAGGAGGAACCAGAACCUGUACAGAUUAAAGAGGAACAGGAAGAACCAGAACCUAAACAGAUUAAAGAGGAACAGGAAGAACCAGAACCUAAACAGAUUAAAGAGGAAAAGGAAGAACCAGAACCUGAACAGGAGGAACCAGAACCUGAACAGAUUAAACGGGAACAGGAUCUCUACAGUAAUCAGGAAGAUCAGCUUCUACUAAAGCAGGAGACUGACAGCUUUAUGGUGACCCGAAAAGACGACAGAGGACCAGAACUAAACAAGAACCAGCUCCCCUCUCCAAACUGUCCUGAAGCGGAGAACCAACAGGGAGGCCACCAGGAAGACUCUGGGUCGGGUCUGCAGCCAGAGAAGAGACAUCAGGACACCAGGACCCACAGGGACAGUCUGCAAAAUCCAAAAUCAAAGCGCCAUAAAAAAUGUUUGCCCACCUGUGAGGUGUGUGGAAAAAGUUUCACUCAGCUUAGGUACUUAACUGCUCACCUGAGAACUCACACAGGGGGGAAGCCUUUCAAAUGUUCGACUUGUGGAAAAGGUUUUAUUAAACUGUAUAAUUUGACUAAACAUGUAAGGAUUCAUACGGGUGAGAAACCCUACCCUUGUGAAUUUUGUGAUAAAUCCUUCAGAACCAGCAGUCAGUGGGAUAGUCACACUAGAACCCACACAGGUGAGAAGCCCUUUUCGUGUCUGACAUGUGGAAAACGUUUCUAUAGACAAUACGACUUGACUAUCCAUGUGAGAACGCACACAGGCGAAAGGCCUUUUUCAUGUCAGAUUUGUGGAGAACGUUUUAUCCGAAAGACCACAUUUAAAAUUCACGUUAGAGCUCACACAGGAGAGAAGCCGUAUGCUUGCAAAGUUUGUGGUUCAUCUUUCAAGCUUAGCUAUGAUUUGGCCCGGCACAUGAGAAUCCACACAGGUGAGAAGCCCUUCUCAUGCGUGACCUGUGGAAAAAGUUUCAGGGUAAGAGGUAGUUUAAAUGAACACCUGAGAGUCCACUCAGGUGAGAAGCCUCAUCUGUGUUUGACUUGUGGAAAAAGUUUUACUCGCAAGCGUAACUUGAUUAUUCACGUGAGAACUCACACAGGUGAGAAGCCAUAUUCUUGUGAUGUGUGUGGGAAAUCCUUCUCUGACAACACUGUACUGAUCAAUCACAUACGAACACACACGGGGGAAAAGCCUUUUUCAUGUCCUGAAUGUGGAAAAAGUUUUGCCAAAAAAUACACCCUGACCAUGCACAAGAUAACUCACACGCGUGAAAAGCCACAUUCCUGCCAGUCAUGUGGUGAGGCCUUCACAUCAAGACGUAAACUGACUAAACACGUGUGCAGAGUCAAUGCCUAGGUUGUCCUACUAGUGCAGAGGUGGAAUUCUUGGAAAAUCAUAGGUUUGCCUACCAUAAAUUAUUAAAAACAUUUCAUGUUUUUAAGCAAUAUAAAAAUAAAAGAAACGCAAAAAAGGAAUCCAUCGGUCAUUUGGGCAAAGUGAUGCAUUAAUAUUGUGCUGCUGGUACAGUGGUCUGGGCGACAGGGAGUUCGUCCCGCAAUUGGCGGGUUGCCAGUACAAUCCCCUGCUCUGACUGUCUCAGCCGUUGUGUCCUUGGGCAAGACACUCCCCC